AUGCAAGUCUCAAACAUUAGAGGGUGUCAUCUGACUGCGGGUUUUUAUAAGCUAAAUGUUGAUUCUGCAGGUCCGUCAGGUCAGGGAAAGUGGGGCCUAGCUACGGUGAUUCAAGAUGCAGAUGGUUUGGUAUCAGCUGUGGGUUGUUGGUGUUUACCAAUAUUGCCCUACUCUAAUGUUGCAGAAGCGUUUGAAAAAGCAGGAUCUGACAAUAGUAACAUGAUUGCGGCACUCACAAACAAGCAACAGGUCUCAGCCUACUGGAAUACAAUUGUUGAAGACUGCAUCAAGUUAACUUUUAGCUUGAAUUCUGUUAGUUUCACUAAUGUAAGGCGUGUCGCAAAUCAAACUAUUCAUUAUUUAGCUAAAUUAGACUUAUCUUCUAGUUUAGGCUUUAUUUGGAUUGAAGAGACUACAUCUUGUAUUUUCGAGGUUGUGGCAUUUGAUUUACCACCAGAAUCGGUUCAAUGA